AUGGUGCCCCCAGGGAAGAAACCAGCUGGAGAGGCCUCCAACUCUAACAAGAAGUGCAAGCGUUACUUCAACGAGCACUGGAAAGAGGAGUUUACCUGGCUGGACUUUGACCACGAGAGGAAGUUGAUGUUCUGCCUUGAGUGCCGCCAGGCCCUGGUACGGAACAAGCACGGCAAAGCUGAGAACGCCUUCACCGUGGGCACUGACAACUUCCAGCGCCAUGCCUUGCUGCGCCACGUGACCUCAGGGGCCCACCGCCAGGCUUUGGCCGUGAACCGGGGCCAGCCCACUUUUGAGGGCCAGGCUGAGGGAGGAGAGGCCUACCCAGGCCUGGCAACCACCCCUACCUCUAGGGGCAUCAAGGUGGAGGUUGACCCGGCCAAAGUGGCUGUGUUGACCACGGUGUACUGCAUGGCCAAGGAGGACGUGCCCGACAACCGCUGCUCUGCCCUACUUGAGCUACAGAGGUUCAACCUGUGCCAGGCGCUGCUGGGCACGGAGCAUGGUGAUUACUACAGUCCCAGGAGGGUGAGGGACAUGCAGGUGGCCAUUGCCAGUGUCUUGCACACGGAGGCCUGCCAGUACCUGAAGGCAUCCCCAUAUGUGGGGCUGGUGUUGGACAAGACCAGGGACUGGGCUGAGUCCCACAGUCUGGCCUUGUUUGCCACUUCGGUGUCCCCCUGCGAUGGCCAGCCUGCCACCAUCUUCCUGGGCAGUGUGGAGCUACAGGAGGGCGAGGUCACUGCUGGCCAACUCCUGGACAUCCUACAGGCCUUCGGUGUGUCUGCACCCAAGCUAGCCUGGCUCAGCUCAAGCCUCCCCAGUGACCGUCUGGGGAGUGUGGGCUUGCAGCUCCGGGCUACCUGCCCACUGCUCACAGAGCUACACUGCCUCCCCGGCAGGCCAGAUCCCCAGCCCCCAGCCUACCUAGGUGAAUAUGAAAGUGUACUGGAUGCCCUAUUCCGCCUCCAUGGUGGUCCCUGUUCCCACAUGGUCCCUGAGCUCCGUGCUGCAUUGGACCUUGCAGCUAUCGACUUGGCAGGACCACGGCCAGUGUCCUGGGCCUCCUUGCUGCCUGUCGUGGAAGCAGUGGCUGAGGCUUGGCCUUGCCUGGUGCCCUUACUGGAGGCCUCAGCCCCAGCCUCACCAACAGCUAGGGCACUGGCCCUCGCCCUGCGCCAGUUCACCUUCGUGGCCUUCACCCACCUGCUGCUGGACACUCUGCCCUGCAUGCAGAAGCUCGCCCUUGUCCUGCAGCCAGAAGACCCGGACUUGGCCUUGCUGCAGCCCCUGGUGAUGGCAGCUGCAGCCUCCCUCCAAGCGCAGCGAAACUCUGGUGGCGCGCGCCUCCAGGGCUUCCUGCAGGAACUGGCGUCUUCCAGUCCCAACUUGGGCGGUGGGCGCUGUACCUACCGCGGCCUGGAGUUGGUCGGCUACUCUGAGGCUGCGGUCCGGGGCUUGGAACAGCUGCGGGGGGCCUUCUUGGACUCCAUGCGGAAGGGACUGCGGGACUCCUACCCGGGGCUCUCGCUGGAUGCUGCGGCUGCCUUCUCCGUGAUCUUCGAUCCCCGCCGUUACCCGCAGGCCCCUGAGGAGCUGGGCACUCACGGCGAGGGGGCACUCCGGCUCCUGCUGCGCACCUACGCCCCUGCGGUGGUGCGCCAGCGCGCAUUGGGCGACUUUGCGCUAUUCAAGCGCGUGGUCUGCAGCCUGGGGCGGCUGGGCCCGCGGGCUCUGUGCUCCAAGUUGGCAUGCGUGCACUCCGAGCUGCACGAGCUCUUCCCCGACUUCGCCGCCCUUGCUGCCCUGGCAUUGGUGUUGCCCGCGGGCGCAGGCCUCUUGGACAAGGUUGGCCGCAGCCGGGAGCUGCGGUGGUGGGGGCAAGGCGGGGCCGGGGAAGGUCGGGAAGACCCUGCAGUCAAGAUCGCUGUGGAUGGUCCCCCGCUGCACGAGUUUGACUUUGCGCUGGCUGUGGAGUUCUUAGAGGGUGGGUGGGGGGAGGGGUUGCUGGGGUCGCAGCUCACGUAA